UUUUAAUCUGCUAACUAAAAUUGAAGGCCCAAACAUAACUUACUGCGAAAUCCUGAUUCCUGAUUUCUGCAGUCAAAACCCUCAUACGCGCGACAAUUUGAUUAAAUCCAUCCCUCUGGCCUCCGAUCCAACCAUCGUCGAUUCCCGAGAUUCCCUCUCCAUUCCAAUUAGGGUUCCGGCGAAUUUGAAUUUAAGAGAUGGUGCUUACGCAGAAAAUACACGACGCGUUCAAGGGAACGGUUGAACGAAUCACGAGCCCUCGCACCGUCUCCGCCUUCAAAGAGAAAGGCGUUCUUAGCGUCAAUGAGUUUAUUCUCGCCGGCGAUAAUCUCGUCUCCAAGUGUCCCACCUGGUCCUGGGAAUCAGGCGAGCCUGGCAAGAGGAAGUCAUAUUUGCCCCAAGAUAAACAAUUCUUGAUAACGAGAAAUGUCCCAUGCCUUCGUAGAGCUGCCUCGAUCGAGGAGGAAUAUGAGGCCGCAGGUGGUGAAGUUUUGCUUGAUAAUGAGGACAAUGAUGGUUGGCUGGCAACUCAUGGAAAACCUAAAGAUAAUAAGCAUGAUGAAGAAGAUGAGUUGCCCUCAAUGGAGACACUAGAAAUCAGCAAGAAGAAUACAAUUCAAUCGAUCCCAUCUUAUUUUGGAGGGGAGGCGGAAGAGGAUAUCCCGGAUAUGGCAGAAUUUGAUGAAGCAGACAACCUUGUUGAGAAUGAUCCUGCAACACUUCAGACUACAUAUCUUGUCGCCCAUGAGCCUGAUGAUGACAACAUUCUAAGAACCAGAACAUAUGAUGUUAGCAUCACGUAUGACAAAUAUUACCAAACUCCUCGGGUCUGGCUCACUGGAUAUGAUGAGUCGAGGAUGCUUUUGAAACCAGAACAUGUUCUUGAAGAUGUCAGUCAAGACCACGCACGCAAGACGGUUACUAUUGAAGACCAUCCACACUUGCCAGGGAAACAUGCUUCUGUACAUCCGUGCCGCCAUGGGGCUGUAAUGAAGAAAAUUAUUGAUGUUUUAAUGUCAAGAGGAGUUGAGCCUGAAGUUGACAAGUACCUCUUCUUGUUCUUGAAAUUUGUGGCUUCUGUGAUCCCGACCAUAGAAUAUGAUUACACGAUGGACUUCGAUAUUGGUAGCUCUAGCUGCUGAGUCUGAAGGUCAUUUGGAUGUCUCUGAAUAUAGCUUAUCCAACUGAGUUCGUUUUAGUUACCUAAUCAAUUAGGUCAUUAAGGUCCCAGAAGGAUUUCGGACAGACUUAUUUGAGUUUAUCGAUAGUGUUUUUCGUCUAAACUGAUGAUUCCGAACUAUUUUUGUGCUUUUGCAGAUGGGGUACUGGCAAGCAAUUUAUCGUGAGACUGUGAAGCCCUCAACUCAUCUGUGCUACUUGCUGCAACCUGUCAUCCUUGUGCAUAAAACUCAUUUGAACUUAAUUACUGGAUUUGCUCUGUGAUUAUCGGCUCCCCCUUACCUGAAAGUGUAAAUGGAUAAAAUUACUGUGCGCUGGCACUUGUGUUUAUUUGUGUCUUAAGAUUGCUUGUUUAUCAUAAUUAAACUCGUUUGUCUACAUGCCCUCUACGUGAACUUCUCUUAUGCUAAGAAUAUCUGUGGUUUAACAGCCAGCCAUUUAUUUUCAAUAUUAUGACAACAAUGUGAGUCAUGCUGUAUGGACGAAACCAGAGGGCAUAUGAUAUCUUUUCGAGUACUCUUUUCAAGUACUUGUUUCUAACAUAGUAA